UCCCUCCAAAAGAACAAACGCAGCGAAGAAAUGAAAGAAACCGUCCCGCUUUUUCCGCCCAUGGAAGAACAUAACUAGCGUAAAGUAGAUCUUGAUUCGCUCACUCGUCUUAAAGCUCCGGCCAUCUUCAUGUUUAAUUUUCGGAGAAGUUCUUUCCAAAUCGUUUUCCUAUGGGUUGUUCACAAUCCAAGAUCGAAAAUGAGGAAGUGGUUUCCCGAUGUAAGGAUCGGAAGAUGUUCAUGAAAGACGCCGUCACCGCCCGGAAUUCCUUCGCGGCGGCGCAUUCUUCCUACGCCAUGUCGUUGAAGAACAUUGGCGCUGUUUUGAGCGAUUACGCUCAUGGAGAGAGCCCGCCGGCUCCGUCGUCUCUCCCUGGUGCCGCCGUUGCUCAAUCGGCUGCUGCGGCGUCGUCGUCGUACUAUAGUUUGCCUCCGCCGCCGCCUCCGCUUCCUGGUUCUCCAGGUAUGCCGCUUCAACCAGCUACGAGUAUGUUUGAAAUGAAGGCCUCGAAGGUUGAGUCGAAGCGUGUGGAGACGGUUAUUGAGGAGGUGGAUGAGAAUGAUUUUGAGAUUCAAUGCGCCGUUGGUCCAUUGCGUAGGAGGAGAAGCAAUAUAGACGGUGGUGGGCGUGGCGGUAGAACUGGCCAUGGGGAGCUUGUGGAAGAAGAAAACAGUCCGCCUCCGCGAUUGCCGCCUUCACCGAAUCGGCCUCCGCCUCCGACCGAAAACCGCCGCAUUUACGAGCCGUCGCCUCAGGAUUCGACCUACGAUUAUCUGUUUUCGGUUGAAAAUAUGCCGGCUCCGACGUUGAGCGGCAUUGAGGAUUUUGAUAAUAAUAUGGAGGCGGUGGAGCAGAGAGCGGCGAUGGGGGAGAAAUCUGGUGAAGAGCCGCCGUCUUCUUCGGCGGAAAAGACGUCGAAGAAGACGAAGCAAGUAGGUUUUCCAGGUCCAAGCGAGGGAAAAAGGAUUGUUAAAGGGAAUAUCAAUCUGCUACAGAUCUUCAUGGAGCUUGAUGAUCAUUUUCUUAAAGCCUCUGAAAGUGCUCAUGAGGUUUCGAAGAUGCUCGAGGCCACUCGGCUUCAUUUCCACUCAAACUUUGCCGAUAAUCGAGGACAUAUAGAUCAUUCUGCUAGAGUGAUGCGUGUUAUCACAUGGAACAGAUCAUUUAGAGGAUUGCCAAAUAACGAUGAAUUGAAUGAUGAUUUUGACAAAGAGGAGAAUGAAACUCAUGCCACUGUAUUGGAUAAACUGCUUGCCUGGGAGAAGAAACUAUUCGAGGAAGUGAAGGCAGGUGAAGUUAUGAAGUUGGAGUACCAAAAGAAGGUUGCUGCUCUGAACAAGCUGAAGGAAAAGGGCACCAAUUUUGAAGCAAUCGAGAAAGCCAAGGCCACUGUCAGCCAUUUGCACACCAGAUACAUUGUGGACAUGCAAUCCAUGGAUUCCACCGUCUCUGAGAUCAACCGCAUUCGAGAUGAACAAUUGUAUCCCAAACUUGUUCAGCUUGUCAAUGGAAUGGUCAAUAUGUGGGAAACCAUGCAUUUUCACCAUGGAAACCAAUUGAAGGUUGUGGGUGCUCUGAAAAUGCUGGAUAUCUCUCAGUCGCCAAAGGAAACAAGCGACCACCACCAUGAGCGCACGGUGCAGCUUUGGGCUGUGGUGCAGGACUGGCAUUCUCAAUUGGAGAAGCUUGUAAGCCGUCAAAAAGAUUACAUUAAGGCUCUAUCAAAUUGGUUGAAAUUGAAUCUGAUCCCUACUGAAAGCAGCUUAAAGGAGAAGGUUUGUUCUCCUCCAAGGGUCCGCAGCCCACCAAUUCAUGGGCUCCUCCAUGUUUGGCAGGAGCAGCUGGAGAAGCUUCCUGACGAGAUCCUAAGAAACGCCAUAUUCACUUUUGCAACGGUGAUCAACACAAUUAUGCAAAGCCAGGACGAAGAGAUGAAGAUGAAGGUAAAAUGUGAGGAGACAGAGAAGGAGCUUGCCCGGAAGACCAAGCAAUUCAAGGACUGGCAGAAGAAGUAUGUGCAGCGGAAGGUGCCGAGUCCCGGUGAGGAAAACCCAGAAGAAAUUGGUGAUAAUGAUGCCAUUGCAGAGCGGCAAGCGGCGGUGGAGGCUGUAGAGAAGAGACUGGAGGAGCAACGGGAAGAGUACCAAAAGCUAUGCGUCCAUGUGAGGGAAAAGUCCUUGGGGAACCUAAAAAACCAGCUGCCAGAGCUUUUCAGAGCAUUGUUUGAGUUCUCUCAUGCAUGUUCACGAAUUUAUAGGCACUUGAAAUCAAUAUCGCAGCCAUUGCCCAACGGCACAAGGAGUUCAAACAUGAACAUGAACACAGGGGAAGCAAGAUAAAGGUGUUUCUCUUGAUUCUUCUUGCUUGUUUAUUUUAAAAAACAUCACAACAUAUUUCAGCUAUAUAUAUAUAUACAAUACAUGCA